CCCACACACGCUCGAGCUGGCCGCGUUGAAGCGAGUGAAACUCAGAGCGGUCUCUGCCUCUCAAGCUGACAGGGGGCUUCACGGUCGCCCGGGGGUUGAACGUGAUCCUAAUGUUAAUUCAUUUUUACAGUAUAGUUACCGUUUAGAACCAAGACAGAGAAGAAGAGAAGAAGCGAUGGCCUUUUCUGAUAUCAUGGAGGAAGACGUGAACGGACUGAUACGUGAGGAGGCGGAGGACGUCUUUGAUGAUGGAGUAUCCUCCCGCUUCCCAGACAUCAUGGCUGCUGGCAUUCACUCUCCUGGCGGGCCCAAUGGAAUCAUCCGGAGUCAGUCAUUUGCUGGAUUCAGCACCCUGCAGGAGAGACGUUCACGGUGUAACUCUUUCAUUGGAAACUCAGCAGUGCAGAAGAAGCCCACCUCAAAGCCCAGGAAGCCCCAUUCGUCCGGGCACAAGUCCAGCAGCGGCUCGCGAGAUCCACAGCCCAAAAGAGUGGAAGAUGUUUACGGAGCCCUUAAACAAGGCCUGGAUGAGUAUCUGGAGGUGCAUCAGACCGAACUCGAUAAACUCACCUCCCUUAUGAAGGACAUGAAGAGGAACUCCAGACUGGGAGUGCUGUAUGAUCUGGACAAGCAAAUUAAGACCAUAGAGCGAUACAUGCGACGUCUGGAGUUUCACAUCAGCAAGGUCGAUGAGCUGUAUGAGGGGUUUUGCAUUCAGAGGCGGCUACGUGAUGGUGCGUGUAAGAUGAAACAGGCCUUCACUGCUUCACCAUCCACUAAAGGCACACGUGAGAGCUUGGCCGAGGUCAACCGCAGAUAUAAAGAGUACACAGAGAACAUGAGCACCUUUGAGGCCGAGCUGGAGAACCUGCUGGGAGAGUUUCACAUCAAAAUGAAAGGAUUGGCUGGUUUUGCCAGGCUUUGUCCCGGUGAUCAGUAUGAGAUAUUUAUGAGAUAUGGCCGACAGCGGUGGAAACUGAAGGGGAAGAUUGAAGCAAACUCAAAGCAGAGCUGGGAUGGAGAAGAGAUGAUUUUUAUGCCCCUCAUUACAGACCUCAUCAACAUCAAGGUGACUGAAUUGAAGGGCUUGGCCACUCAUAUACUAGUUGGUAGUGUGAUCUGUGAAACCAAGGACCUCUUUACCGCUAUGCCUCAAGUGGUAGCUGUGGACGUCAAUGACCUGGGAACCAUUAAACUUAAUCUGGAGGUCGCCUGGUUUCCAUUUGAUGUGGAGGAUUUGACUCUGUCUUCUGGAAACUUAAGCAAGGGCACCGUCGUGCAGAGACGGGUGUCUGUGUACAGUCAGGGAACACCCGAGACACCCACUUUCCAGGACAACUCUUUCUUUUCCACCUUACAGGACGACGUCUUCGAGAACGGAGGCUGCGGUGUGGCCGAGUGCAAACGCUUGUCUUUCACUUUUUCGGACACCUCCACAUCAAGCCCCGGCCCCGUCCAAUCAAACCCUGAGAUUAUGGUCACGCCCCCUGAGACGGACCGGCCCCCUCAGCCAGCUCCUCCCUCGAAGGACCAGCCGGUUGAGGAAGACGGAGGUGAGGAAGUCGAAGAGAGCGGUUGCGUAGCCAGCGGCAGCGAAGCAGACCCGGAGUGGGACCCGGCUGAAGGCCAAGGGUCAGGCACAGGCUCUGGGGCCAUCUCUCUGUGCUCUGAGAGUCAACUGUCUGCCGUGGGACCAGAGGAUGUGGUGUUUUUGGAACCUAAUGUGCCUGAUGAAGCACUGGAGCUUAAACCUGUGGAGCUGGACGGGGAGGAAGGUAGUCUGACCAGACAGCUGGUGAGGAGGUUGACCUCGUCCGACAUACUGCCCGAAACCGGUGCUCUGAGCUGGGCCGGAGAAACCAGCCGGUCUUUUUUAGAGAGCAGCCUGGAGGAGGCCAUCCAAUCCUUGCUCCUGCAGUUGGAGAGCUUGGGCCAGCGCUGUCGGGAGCUACAGGAUUUGGAGCAGGAGGUCAUGAGGCUUGAAGACCUGCUCAAAUGUCGGAUGCCUGCUCACAGGAGCCGUUCUUCAAGUUCUUCAAGUCUUAGUUUGACCGUGGAGAGCGCUCUGGAGAGCUUCGACUUCCUCAACACGUCUGACUUUGACGACGACGACACCGGGGACGAUGCUGGAACUCUCUCGCGCUCCGUCUUCUUUGACAUGGAGUCAGAAGGAAUCGGUUCAGGCCAGCACCCUGAAGCGAGAGGCCACCUGAGUGAAGCCUUGACUGAAGACACUGGGGUGGGCAACAGUGUGGCCGGCAGUCCCCUUCCACUCACCACAGGAAACGAUAACCUAGAUGUUGCCAUUGUCGUUCAUCUACAAUACUGCAGUCGUCUCAUUCAGCUCUUAAACUCAGGUGGAAGUCAGUGGAAGCAAAAGACGUACCUCCACAAACUAUCAACCCAAACACUGUUGUUGGAGGAGCUCAGUGAGAAGAACUUCAACAGACCGUGCAGCUUCACCGUGGUAUCUGAUGUGUUGCCAGGGUUGGUGGAGCGUCCAGCGCUGAUGUCUCUGUGGUCGGAGUGGAGUGGAGGUCUGUUUCAUACGACACUGGACCGAGUAUUGAAACACAUGCAUCUUAGCUUUGCAUUACCACUGCAAGAGGUUCUGCCUCAUUCUGUGGAUUCAGUGAUAAGAAUAGUGCUGAGUGAGAUGGUGGACAGGAGCGAGCUAGCCUCAUCCUCGUGUCCUUCGGUGUCAUCUCUGGCACACGAUAUCCUCACUGUGUUUCAAUUCCACAGCUACACCAUUGAACACAGUAUCACAGACAUGAAGCAACAUCUGCUGGAUUUAGCCAAAGAGAUUUCGUUCGGGGAGGCCCUGAGCUCUGGGGAUACAGAACGCUCUCUCAGGCAACUUCAGGAAGUGUCCGUCACAUCUCUGCAGCCCCGCCCUCAAACCCUGUGGGCCGUGGCUGAGCUGCUGACCUCAGAUGAUGAUACUGACCUGAACAAGGGUGCCGCCGCUGCCGCCUUCCUCUCCUCUGCAGCCUCACACAAGCCCUUCAGGUCAAAGGCUGUGGAUUGUUACACACAAGGCUUAUCAGAAGCAGGGUCACACAAACUAAAAACCGCAUGUGCAGCUCUGAGCUGCUUACAGGCAGUGGAGAGCAUUGACGCUUUGGUGUUACUUUGUGAUUCGACUGAUGAAGAACUUCAUCAGAUUGCCAUAGAAACCCUUCUUACUUUUGGUGAAGAGGGGCGACUGGCAUACGAGCAGUUGGACACGGUACCAAGAGAGAUGGUGCGGCUGGGAACCCGGCGCGGUAACGCUGUUACCACAACAUUUUAGAAAAGCUUCAAUUCGACCCAUCAUCCUUCAUACACAAGGGUUUCAUGCUCAGUUCAAAAAGUAAUAAAGGGCUUGGGACUUGAAAUCUGCCUAUUUAUGUUUCAGAGAGAUCUCAAGUCUCUGGAUAUUUUUAUGCGUAUUGUUUGCGUUACGGUGGUCUUGCAGAUGGUUUGUAAGAGACACAGAUGGAGGCAAACAAAUAGCAGCUAUCUGCACUGCAAAUCUAAUUGUAAUAUUUUUGUUUUCAAUGUAUAUGCCCUUCUUUUCAGGGAUUAUAAGGGACGAUUGUGAUGCUCCCUAUAAGUGUUUUUGCACGACUCUCUCUUACUUUUGGUCAUAUGGACUCAAUAAGGACCAAUGAGAAGAAUGGACCACUGAUGUGCUUACUAUACAAUGGUCAGGUCUUGCCUUUGACAGAGGAACAGGUGGAUGAACAUCCAGCGAGUAUUGUAUCAAAUGCAUUGAAUACGGUACUAAUGCUUUCUACGCGGGAUUUUACGAGACAGACUGAGCCCUUAUAUACAGUAUCUGAAAAUGCACUUUUUACGCUCUAUACAGGGAGAGAUGAGAUGAUGCGUUACUGUGAAUUUUGGUUGGUGCAUAAAUGAAGAUCAGUAGAAGAACUAUAGUGCUCUUGCUUCUGUGCCUAUGUAACUGUACUACUGAGUCAUGUGACUGUAAUCAUUUAAUUUAUUUUUUAUUUCUCUUUCAUUUAAAGAGUGAUCACAUUGUCCUCUUUUUAAUACAGGAACAGAUUGUAUUAAAGGCUUAACAGAUUUGUUGUCUUUUUAUUUGCAAUGUGAUGCAUCUGGAUUUGGUAUUAUUGAAGGGAUAUUCUUCAUAAAACGUUAACUCGGAUUGCAUUGUUUUUUUAUAUAUAUAUAUACACAGUAUAGAAAGAUGUUUUAUUGAUCAGUAUCUUUUAAGUGUAAAUGCUGAGAUUUCUACAUGUAAAAGUUAUACAGUAUUUGUUUAGGAAACCUUUGAUCAAUGUCUUUAUAUUUCUCAGUAUGCUUAUGAAAUAAGGAAACACUUUUUGCUUCUCACACCCAGUGUUUUGAAAGCUCUCAAAUGUAUAGUUCUGUUCAUAUGACCGUGCUUUUGUAGAGCUCCCCGUUUUAACAACGAGUUUUUCUACCACAUUAUUGACCGUACCAAAGCAGGGGCUUCAAAAGAGCACAUUUACAGGAAUGUACCGUCAGAGUUACUGUAGGUAAAUGUCUCAAGCACAACUGAAAUAUUUUGCUUAGAUUAUUUCUCAACAUGUUUAACAUGUUACGUGACAUCUACUGCACAAUGUCCUAAAGCCAUAAUGAUACAAAGUCAAUAUAUUUAAGGUUUUUGAUGUUUGUAUUUAUCCAAGUUAUCUAAAAGAGAUAUUCAGAAUCUCAAUAACUGUUUUAUCUUGUUUAAUAAAUGUUUCCGUCACUGAUUUUGGCUGCAUUUUCCACUUGUUUGCAUGUUUGUCUAAAUACCACUGUGGAAGUAUUUAAACCCUGGACACUCCAGUUCAUUUCUUUGCACAGAGAUAUCAUAUAAAACGACAUAAAUUCAAGUGAAAUUUAACCCCAUUUUUGUGUAAAUCAAUGUCUUCUUGUGCGUGCGUGAUAGUAAACAGUGUUGGAAAGGUUGAGCACAGCGCUUGUAGUUGUAAUGGGUCUAGCUGUUACUAGCUGAAUGAAUGCUGUUUCAAAACGUCAUUUGUCAUAAUCACUUUGCUAACACGCUCCCUGAUGUUUCAUGUUUUUUUUUGUAUUUCUUUUGUCUGUUAAAAGUGGCAAUAAAAUUUAUUUUUGCAUAAUGAU